GACUUCUACAAACAGCUGUAAACAAUGUCUCAAAUUUCAACUCUCUUCACCGACAACACAAUAUUGAUCAAUGUCGCACCUUACGCAAUUCUCGUUCUCAUCGCCAUCUUAUCGGUUCUAUGGUACUUCUUGAAACGUUCACAGCAUCCACCUCUACCGCCUGGACCGCGAGGGCUACCUAUCGUCGGAAACCUUCCCUUUCUUGACCCGGAUCUUCACACAUACUUCACAAACUUAGCUAAACGUUACGGUCCAAUCUUCAAACUAAACCUUGGCUCAAAACUAACCGUUGUGGUCAACUCUCCAGAACUAGCUCGGGAGAUCUUAAAAGACCAAGACAUCAAUUUCUCAAACCGUGACGUCCCCCUCACAGGCCAAGCCUUUUCCUAUGGCGGUCUCGGCCUUAUUUUGUUACCAUACGGUGCCGAAUGGAGAAUGCUUAGAAAAGUUUGCGUUCUCAAGCUCCUUAACCGCAAAACUUUGGAUACUUUCUACGAGCUUCGACGCAAAGAAGUACGGGAAAGAACGAGAUAUUUGUACCAGAAAAGUCAAGAAGCAUCACCGGUGAACGUUGGAAACCAGCUCUUUGUGAUGAUGAUGAAUCUCACGAUGAAUAUGUUAUGGGGAGGUUCGGUAAAAGCAGAGGAAAUGGAGAGCGUUGGAACACAGUUUAAAGGAGUUAUUUCUGAAAUAACAAGGCUUUUGGGAGAGCCUAAUGUUUCUGACUUUUUCCCAAUAUUAGCUAGGUUCGAUCUUCAAGGUCUUGUGAAGAAGAUGCAUGUGUGUGCUCGAGAGCUCGAUGCGAUACUUGAGGGAGCCAUCGAGCAGAUGAAACGAGUAAGGAGUAGGGAUGGUGAUGAUGGUGAAUGUAAAGACCUUUUGCAACAUUUGAUGAAGUUUAAGGAGCAAGAAGCUGACUCGGAGGUUCCAAUUACUGUUGACCAUGUCAAAGCCGUACUCUCGGAUAUGGUACUUGGUGGUACAGAUACAACAACCAAUACUAUAGAGUUUGCAAUAGCUGAACUAAUGAGCAACCCAGAGUUGAUGAAGAGAGCGCAACAAGAGCUAGACGAAGUUGUCGGCAAAGACAACAUAGUUGAAGAAUCACACAUCACUAAACUUCCUUACAUAGUAGCCAUUAUGAAAGAAACACUUAGACUCUAUCCAACCAUUCCGUUGCUAGUUCCUCAUCGUCCCAUUGAAAAUGCGGUUGUUGGAGGCUACACCAUCCCUAAAAACACUAAGACCUUUAUUAAUGUUUGGUCUAUUCAGAGAGACCCAAAUGUGUGGGAUAAUCCGACCGAGUUUCGUCCUGAGAGGUUUCUUGAUAAUACUUCUUGUGAUUUCACUGGAACAGAUUAUAGGUUUCUUCCAUUUGGAUCUGGAAGGAGAAUUUGCGCGGGUAUCGUAUUCGCCGAGAAGAUGGUUUUGUACACUCUCGCGAUGCUAUUGCAUUCGUUCGAUUGGAAGAUUCCAGAAGGUCAAGUGCUUGAUUUGGAAGAUAAGUUUGGGAUAGCCUUGAAGCUCAAGACCCCACUUGUAGCCUUGCCUAUUCCAAGAUUAUCCAACUCCAAUCUAUAUUUAUAAAGACUAAAAUCCUUAUAUUUUUCUUAAAAUGUAAAAGGAUCAUAAUAUUGUUAC